CAUCGAUCGGUAUUGCACUUCCCCUCAAGCAUCCCCACACGACACACAGGGCUCUCACAGGCGGCAGCAGUGUUGUAUAUGUGUGUGUGUGUGUGAGAGAGAGAGAGAGAAGCUGCAAAGCAUCACACACCAUGACCAUCAGAAACGUUCUCCGGGAUCAUGGACAGAGGUACCGACCACGGAUGGCUUGUCUCAAAAAGGCAGAGAAGGUGGUCCUCGAGAUGCAGGACCCCACAACGGGAGUGAAGUUACAGCCUCAGAGACUGGUUAUCACCACAAUACCACAUGCUAUCACUGGUGAAGACAUCGUUGCGUGGUUAGCAGACAGAUUCCAAAUAGAAGCACAAGAGGCGAGGAGUUUUGGCUCCAUGCUGGUGGCAUUAGGCUACAUCUACCCUAUACAAGACCACAAGCGUUUAGUAGUCAAACCAGAUGCGUCAUUGUAUCGUUUCCAGACACCGUAUUUCUGGCCCACACAGCAGUGGCCUGUAGAGGAUACAGAUUAUGCAAUCUACCUGGCAAAAAGAAACAUACGUAAGAAAGGAAUCCUGGAGCUGCACGAGCAGGAGCAGUACAACCAUCUUCACAAGUGGAUGAAUCAUAAAUGGGAUUUUAUAGUGAUGCAAGCUAAAGAACAGUACAGAGCUGCAAAGGAGAGGAAGAAACCGGACCGUGUGGUGUUUGACUGUCAGGAGAGAGCCUACUGGGUGGUUCAUAGACCUCCGCCAGGGACAGUGAGUGCCAUGGACUAUGGACUGGAAAGACUAAUAGAUCCUAAUGCACACGAGGCAAAAACACCCGAUGACUACGAGAGAAUUAUGAUCUUCACCCAGCAGUCCAUCAUGCGGCCCAGAGUGAAGUCAUCGGUGUCCAUUGGCGCGUUGGUAAAAUAUUGUGCCACUUAUAAGGCCCACGACCCUUUUCUGUCCAAGUGUCUUCCCAGCAACCCCUGGCUCACUGAUGAUGUCACAUACUGGACCUUGAACAUGCCCAAUGUGGAAAUACCCACUAAAAUGCGUGUGGAGAGGUGGACGUUCAGCUUUGGAGAGCUGCUAUCAGACCCUCGAGGACGAGAUGAUUUCAGGCUGUUCCUGAAGAAAGAGUUCAGUGGGGAGAACUUGGCAUUCUGGGAAGGCUGUGAGGAUCUGAAGUGGGGCACUGCUGCAACAAUGAAAGAGAAAGCAGAGCAGAUCUAUAAGACUUUCCUGGCACGUGGUGCUCCACGAUGGAUCAAUAUUGAUGGAAAAACAAUGGAAAUCACAGUGAAAGGCCUGAAACACCCACACAGAUAUGUCCUGGAUGCAGCCCAGACUCACAUCUACAUGCUCAUGAAGAAGGACUCAUACGGCCGAUACCUAAAGUCUCCAGUGUUUAAGGAAACAAUGAAGAAGGCCAUAUGUCCCGAGGAACACAAGUUCAGUGAGUCCCAGUUGGAGCAAAAUGCAAGGAACAGGCGGCCCAGUCUCAGUCCCAUCGUCAUCCGGCAGCAGGAGCAGGAGCAAAAGGCCAAGAUGGCCGCCAAUGCCCCUGUUGAUAUCACACAGGUCAUGAGCAAACUCAGCAAGCAGGGCAAAGAGGCGCCCCCUCGUCGCACCUCAGUUAACAAUGACUGAUUUACGUGUCUGCUUGCUAAUAGUUUAAACAUAUAAUAUGUUAUAUGUGUUUACAUAAAAUAUUAUAUAAACAUACAGUAUCAGUCAAAAGUUUGGACACACUCUCCCAUUGUGUGUCCAAACUUUUGACUGGUACUGUAUAAUAAUAAAAUAUCUAUAAUAUGUUGCUAUUAGAUCUUGUUGUAUGGCGUCAUAGACUAGAGCCCAGCUGAUUUAUUGGCAUACUGAUCUACUGACCGAUAUUAGCUAUAUGCUGAUCUAACAGUAUCCAUAUUGAUAACAGUUGAUAAAUGAAAAUUUAAAGAAGAGCUGAAGUUGUGCCUGGUGUUAUGAAUGUUGAGGUUACAUAGUUUUUCACCAGAGGGCACUUUGCAACUUCCGUGUUAAUAACACAUAAUUGGAACGACGCAACAACCAGCUGAUCUGAGCAGAAUCAGGCCGAGUAAACGAGUAGCUACACAUAACAAAUGUUAGAGAAAGGGCUUUGUAUUUGCGUGUCUGAAAAAAAAACAAAGGAAUAUUGGAUUUUUAAAUCACCAAAUAUCCGUAUCGGUCUUAAAACUCCCACAUCGAUCAGGAUCUGUUGCACACAUACAUUAAAUUUGGCCUUGUGUGCGUCAUAUUUUUUGACAUCUUUGCCCCAGAGUCUUUUUUCCUUUUCCCACUAAAACUGAAAUUAAGUUAUCUGGAAAAUAUUUCAGUGAUGCAUAUUUGAUUUCAAAACAUGGACCAACCUGAAGAGUCAGUUUUUUUUCCUUUAAGAAGUGAAACGAGCCUAUAAACACACUAAAUAUGUGAGUCGUGUUAAUAAAUUACAGCAAAUGGCCAUCUGUUACCAUAAUUUACAUUUAUGUCCAUACAAGCUGUAAGUGUUGUCUGUUUUUUGUUUCUCAUGACACGCUUAUUGUAUUGUCCAUCUUUGUGCAUUCAGUAUUGUUUAGUAUGCUUUGUGUUUUCUUUGUGAUCAGUCAUAAGCUAAUAAAACAUUCAUAAAAACCA